ACGGCUGGUCCAGCGCGCGCAUCGUUUUCGAGUUUCUUUCCCUUUAUGUUCUUCCAUCGACUCUCCCCACUAUUAAUCUCGCAAUUCAUCCCUCCAGUGCUUAACAUCCCUCGAUGUGCAGUUACCCUCGCUUCAUCUACGUUUCUCGCGCGCGAGAGAGAGUAGGCGUCAGGGCGCGCGGUGUGGACGCCGCCCGUGGUCUCUCCCGGUCGCGGACGACACCCUUGUUGCUUUCACACUUUUCCAGACUAACAAAUAAACAAAAUAAGACUCGAUUCAUUCCUCUACUUCUGAUAUCGGCCGAAUCAUGAGCCAAAAACGUUGAAUCACCCAGAAUACUUCAACCAGUGUUUUUGUUAUUUUAUUAAAAAAUAAAAAUAAACGAAAAAAAAAAAAAAAAUAUUAGAAUGGAGUUUUUAAAAAAAAUGGUUUAAAAAGCAUUAUGAGUGAGAUUGUACAUCCGUCCGUAUAAGUUUGAAUCAUUAACGCAUCAAGGACCUUUGUUAACUCGUAAAAUGACGUGCAAUCUGAAGUGAAACAACAGAGAAUCUCGCCUGAGGUCGUGUGUGAGUAAAUAGUGAAGAAUAAAAUGAGUAUGUGAUGCUAAUAUGUUGUUGAAGAUAAUGAAAUAUUGAGAUGAUUAAAAACCAAUGAGACUUGCUUGAAAAGUUAUAGGAAUGAAGCCUGAUCAGUAUUUUUGCGUCGCGUUCCCCCUAACAAGGAUCGAUAAGCCCAAGGAGUUUGACUAGAGAACGGGUGCGGCCAACGAUUGGACAUUCUUGAAGGGGUGAAAUUCAUGGCUGGAGCAUCUGCCACAAUCAGGCCCAUGGGCAGACCACGCGCCUGUAGAAAUGCCGGCUCGCCGGCCUCAGAAAUAGCCAUAGAUCCAAGAAACUUAGACGCCUGUAGCACGCAUCCAUGUCCUACUUAUGUUUCCAAUCAUCCUCAGGUCGACGUUUCGACACAAGUCGACCUAAAUACAGCAGUAAUUCACGAUUGGAAUCGUCGAGUUACCCCUAUGUACUCUCGAGAGGAUUUUAAAGAACAGUAUUGUAUAACGAGUCGACAGUUGGAUGCAGUAGAAAAGUCUGGCGGUGGUAUAUUUGGCUGUCUGUCUACUAAGGGUGCAUCUCCUUGUUCUGCUACUCGUGUAUCAAUUCUCUCAGCGUGCGUGAGAAGUGCAUCGAGUGAUGAAAAUAUUUGUGAUGCUCCAUAUCCACGGAAACCUUUUCAAAUAUAUUAUCAACAGCCUUACCCAUCGUAUCAUCAAAGAUUCUCUCGGUACGACCUUGAUGAAGAUGAAUGGAUCCAAAGUUCAUAUUUUCGACGGCGACCCACAUCUUUUUGCACAACUCCCGACCCUAAAAGAUACACAUGGCUCUCAGAUGAUGAAGAAUCAAUGAGACUCGAAGGACCAAGGCCAGUUCUCCCAGCUAUUUCUCAACCCCCUCACUCAGCAAUUCACAAGCCAAAACAUGUGAGUUUUGCACGCUCGCAAACUCUUACAUCUAUUGAUAUGGCAUCACGCAGCAGGAGUCCACCAAGACCUCAUACUCAAGAACGAUUAAUUGAUUCGCAACCGACUGCUACACCAUCAAUGCUACCGGGAUCCACUCAUCUUUAUCAACCUCCAGAACCAAAAAUUCUUGUCUUAGAGAAAACAAAAAAAAGUGCUAUGAAAACACAAGCAACACAAACAGAUCUUUCAACAAGUUUCAAAAGAAUUCCUCCAGUAACUUUGAGUCCUAGAACCAUCCAUCGAGUUAAGAUGGUAUCUCAAGGCGCUCAAACUAAUGGAAUUAUCAAUGGAAGGAGAUUAACAAAGAGUUAUUCGGAAGCUGGUCAAUUUGGAACGCAUUCAGGAGGAAGUGGAAGUAAAGAAGAAGGGGCAGAUCAUGAACCAUUACAACGUACUCAGAGUGAAGAACCACCUAGAUCGCCAUUUUUGGUUGAUACUCCUCCAGAUUCACCAUCGAAAGAUGCUGAAGAUCACCAAUCUACAAAUCAACACCUUCUUAAUGGUAGCAUAGAACAGUUGCCGGAUAAAGAGGAGCCAAAAGAGGAUGAAAAAGAAAUUUUAAUUGACUUCAAACCAGCUCCAGUGUCACCGGAUGCCAGGGCGAUGUUAAAACAAAUGCCAAUGGUCUGGAAAAGGCCGAUUACUCUUCAGAAGACCUUGUCAGAUGGAGAGAUCAGAGUUGAAAGAAGAGAGCUUGUUGAUGAAGCUGGAGCACCAAGUUAUCCACAUACAUGCCGAAGGAAUUAUUUUGAUCCAUGGCGAACUGUCAGGCCACCCGUCCAGUUUUCCUCAACGCCUGAUGAUUUAUCUCUACUCAGAACCUGCACUCCAACUGAUGAACACCACGAAGAGGAAUUCCAUGAAAAUAUCAUUCGACGAGGUCUUUUCAGAAAACGAAGUGUCUCUUUAGAGGAUGGUGUUCAAGAACUAACUUCUGGUGAUUUUAGUCUUCCUCGAUCACUUCCAACUUCUCCAACCUCACCAACUGCUCAUCAAGCAUCUCGAAAAAUUGAAGAGAAUCCGAGGUUUGAAAUUAGAAGGCCAAGUUUCUUGAGGACGUUCCCAGUAAUUGGACCAGUGUCACCUUUUGCUUCGAGUGAUUCUCUAACGAAUGAUGUAACAAAGGAUCACAGUGAUGGGAUUUGGAAUGAAUCCCAAGCAACUGUUCUUCAAGCUGAUUCUCUUUCUUUGCUCACCCCGUCUUCAAGAAGGAGACAUUUAUUACUUCUUCAGCAUCAACAAAGAUCUUCAAUGGAUACAGAAGCUCUAGAUAUUGAAGAAGAAAUUGAUAUUGGCCCACCAAGCCCAAGAAUUCGUUUAGAAGCUCCAGCUAAUAUUAUUUUAACACCAAGUGAGCCAUUAUUGCUAUCAAAUGGUCGACCAAGAAGUGGCCUUCGUCGUCGUAGUCCUGGUCCACCAUAUUCUCAACCGCAAUCUCAAUCAUCGAGUGAAUUGGCGUUAAGUAUUGGUCGGACAGAUUCAGGACGCACAAAUACUACAGACUUGUCAGAAGCAUCAACCACAGAGGAUUACAUCACUGCCAAUACUUCAACUGGCACAGGAACAGCAACAGGCACAUCAGCAACGACAAGUUCAUGGUCCAGACCUGGUGCUUAUCAAGCAUCAUCAAGUGCUGCAGCAUCAGCAUCAGCAUCCACCACUGCCACAGCUGCCGAGGGCAGUUCAUUUGAGAGUGCCAGUUCAAUAUAUAGUCUAGCUAGAAGCGAAGCUGUCGUUGAAGAGCCAGCGAGUCCAAAAGCAAUUCUCGAGGAAAUGGAAAUGGGAUUUGAUUUGGGUGACUUGGCACCACCUUCUCCAGCAAGGUCAACUAGCAGUAGUAGCUCUGGUAGUUAUGAUUUAGAAGACGCCAUGCCUGAUCCUUAUCCAACAGCACCAUUAAGUGGACAUACAUCUGAAGCAGAGUUAGAUCAUGAGUAUCACCCUCCGAGAACUCCUCAAGAAUAUCGCUCUCCAUCAUCCAACUAUACAGAAUCUCCCGUAAGCACACGUGGAUGGACUGAAGAAGAGCGUAAAAAAAAACGAAAAACAUUUACAUUAGAUUUUCCAUCUGCUCCAGAAGAUAGCCAUCUCAUUGACAAAUCUGAUAUUCAUUUAGAGAGUAUGGAUGUCAGUCCAACUCCCAGUCAUCGUCAUAGACCUCGUUCCAAACUUAAUGCUGGAAGAACUCCCUACAGAAAUAACAAAAAAAGAGAGUCAGUACCAUCACCAAUGUCUGCAUUAUCGAGAAGUCCCCAGAAAGAAGACUGGUUGAGAGAACCAGCUGACGAUUCAGUACAAAUUCCAACAUCUGAUGAUUCUAGUUGUAGUCAUCAUUAUCAUUUACACCAUCAUCAUCACCAUCUUCAUCGAGAUAAUCAAGAAGGAGGAAGAUAUAGGAGGACACGUGAAAGUCCUAGAAGAAAGACUAAUAGUUAUUUAUCAACACGAAGAAGAAGUAAUGAAGAUAAAAAUGCAGCAUUAACUGGCAGUUUACCAAGACGUCGAACACGGCAGACAGAUGAUAUUUGCUUUAGCAGACUAAGUCCCGGAGGAAGAUAUUCAAGGAGCCCAGGUCAUAAUAGCCACACAGCGAUAAUUGUCAAGUCUCCAAGUCCUGAAACAAGAUUAAAAGCACUAUCAGCUGAAUCCUUGCGGUCGGUUAGUCCGGGGAGUGAUAGCGUAUUUUACAGCGAAAGUGCUGAACUAUGUAUUGCUCAUCAUGAUACACAUCACUGUCAUAAUUGUGGUAAAGAGGUAAUGGAAGAAAUAGUCCAACCUCCAGCUGACUUUGCAGAUUCUCCGGAAGGACCUCGAGUAGAACCGAAACAUCAAAGCCAUAGGUUAUAUAAAAAACUGGACAAAAGGUAUAGAUCUGAAGACCGGGGAGAACGAAGAUAUCAUCGUAGUAAUGGAAGAUCUGAUGUUCGAGCAAAAUCUGAAGAAAGAGGAAGGUCGUCUAGUAGAGGAUCACUUGAAGAUGGAAUUAAAAGACGACUUCAAGCCCGAAGUACUGAUGUCAGCAUGGAGACAUUGGCAUAUCGAGAAGAUGAAGAUACUUAUGUAGAGCCUUACAAAGAUUACGAAUGGAUCUAUAUUGGAGAACUUGAAGAAAGUCAUGUCUGGAAGCGACCAGACAGUCGUGAUGGUGAUGAUGAGUCAUCAGAGGGUCCAAUUAAAGAUAGAAGAGGUUCUCAAGGUUCAACAGAAAGUGAGAAAUGUUUCAGAAAAAAAUAUCAAGCUGCCACACAUCGAAUGGUUCAUCGAAAAAGUAGCGGAGAAAUGUACAAGCGCAUUCAGAGCAAAAGCUUCGAAUUCAUCAGAAUGGUCUGUGAUUCAGCUGGGUCUGAGUGUGCAAGGGAAUUGGGCGAAGAUGUAUCUCUCAAGAGAUCAUUGGAAGAGUUACUAAAGUGCAUGCUCAGAGUUUGGUGUCGUGAAGGACAAGCGCUGACCAAGCUGGGAGUUCCAGUACCUGAGAGUGAUAAAACAGUAGUGGUCAAGCGGGAAGCAGGUGGAGAAUUUGGCUUUAGAAUUCAUGGUUCAAAACCAGUCGUAGUAUCAGCAAUAGAGCCUGAUACACCAGCUGAAAAUUCAGGUCUUGAAGUAGGAGAUAUAAUAAUGUCAGUGAAUGGUCGAAGUGUAAUGGAUGCAACACAUUCAGAAGUAGUUCGUUUGGCUCAUUCAGGACCUGAUAUUCUGGAGCUCGAAGUAGCUCGAACAUGCAAUGUUUUAGCACCCAGAGUUACACGAGGAGGUCUGAAAGAACCUGUGGAAGUUGCCGUUUGUGCUGGCUAUCUUUGGAGACGAGCCACAACCUUAAAUCCAUCUGGAACAACUUCAGCAAAAUGGGUUCGAAGAUGGUUUGCUCUACGUCAGGAUAAUUGCCUUUAUUAUUACAAGACUGAUACGGAUUCUCAGCCAGUUGGAGCAAUGAUGCUUAUGAAAUAUGACGUAGAAGAAACACCAGAAAUGCGGGCCCAUAGUUUUGUUAUCAAAAAACAAAAUGCUCCAUCACAUUAUUUGGCUGCUGAUAAUGAUGAAGCUAUAAGGAAAUGGAUGACUGUGAUUAAAGAAGCUGUUGCACGAAAUAAUCAGGCUGACACAUGGUUAGAUGCUUCAUUAAGAAUGACACAGAUGCCAGCAUGUGCUAUUCAACGCCCUGAUUGUUUUGGCUAUUUAAGUAAGCAGCAAGAUCGAGCAAAGAAAACAUCAUCACCUACGGGUUGGUCUCGACGUUACUGUGUUCUCAAAGAUGCUGCAUUAUAUUUCUACGAUGAUGCUAAUGCUGAAAAAGCAUUCGGCGUUGCGUGUCUUCAUGGCUUUAGAGUUCAUGGCAGUGCACCAAGUUCUGGCGGAAGAAAGCAUGCAUUUGAACUGCAGCCACCAGAUCCAACACAGAGGAGUUAUACAUUUGCAACUGAAACUGAAAUGGAUAAGAAAAGAUGGUUAGCUGCGUUAGAGUACUCAAUUGAUCGGUGGAUAAAAGUAGGUUGAUGGUAAGUCGAAGUUUAUUAUUAAAAAA